CGAACGUGCCGCCCCGGCGCGCCGACGUCAGCCCCGUGGGGCGCGGCGGAGCCAAUGGGAGCGCGCCCCCGGCGGGCCGGCCCCGCCCCCCUUCCCCGUCCCCCCCCCAGGCAUGGAGCCGGCGGGCGGCAGCAUCCAGGCGCUGCUGCGGGCCGCUGAGUUCCUGGAGCGCCGGGAGCGCGGCACCGGCACCGGGAGGGGCGGCCGGGCCCCGCCGGGACUGGCGGAAGCUGAGCACGGCUACGCCUCGCUCUGCCCCGCCCGGGCCCGGCAGGCGGCGGGCAGCGAUCGGUCGGUGCACAACGCGCUGGAGAAGCACAGGCGAGCCCAGCUCCGGCGCUGCCUGGAGCAGCUGCAGCAGCAGGUGCCCGCCGGUACCGGGCCGGCCCGGCCCACCACGCUGAGCCUCCUGCACCACGCCCGGCUGCACAUCCAGCGGCUGCAGGAGCAGGAGGUGAGGGCGCGGCGGGUGAAGGAGCGGCUGCGCAGCCAGCAGCGGAGCCUGCGGCAGCGCCUCGAGCAGCUCCUGGCACCCGGUGAGCGGCUGCGGGCGGACAGCCUGGACUCGUCCCGGCUCUCCGAGCACUCGGGCUCAGACGGAGAGGAGGCCGAGGUGGACGUGGAGGGCACGGUGUUCGGCACGGAGCCGCCGCUGGCCGCCUUCAGCACCGGGAGGGACCACAGCUACUCCAGCCCCCGAGGGCGCUGGUCCUGACAGCGCCGCCGCCUUCUGCACCGCCGGCCUCCUCCCGCAGGAAAUGCCGCUGCCACUGCCAGCCCCGCCACGGCUGCCUGAACACGGGGCACCGGGGGACACCGGGCACCCAGGCGCUGUGUGGAGCUGGGCACGGUGCGGCUAACGGUCCCCGCUGCGCACAGCAAAGCACUUGGAGGGGGGCGGAAGAGGCGCUGGCAGCCAGCCCGGCCUUGGCGGGGACACCGCGGAGCCCCGAGGCUGCCCGCAGCAGGCACCGGGCAGUGCCCAGCCCUGCCGGACGUGGCUACCGGCCCGCUCCGCCGCCCGCCGGGGCCAGGAAGGGGAAGUGAGUGCGUUGAGCUGCCCGCCCGUACGCCCCCAGCGCUGCCUCGGCCCCUCUCCCCUGUACAUACCCGACACUAUCCCAGUAAAGGCACUUGGUCAAACCCGCCUCCGCCUCCUCCCUGCUACCCCCCACA